AUGCCCUACAAUAUUGCCAUGAUUAGCGACAACUUCUACCCUCAGCCUGGAGGAGUGGAGAGUCACAUGUACCAGCUUUCUAGCAAACUCAUUGAUCGCGGACACAAGGUCAUCGUCAUCACACAUGCCUACGCUGGUCGAACAGGAGUGCGUUACCUGACCAACGGACUCAAAGUCUACUACGUCCCCUUUUUCGUCGUAUACCGCGAGACGACCUUUCCAACCGUUUUCUCCUUUUUCCCCGUCUUUCGCAACAUUGUCAUACGCGAACGCAUAGAGAUCGUCCACGGGCAUGCUAGUCUCAGCAGCUUAUGCCAUGAGGCUAUCUUGCAUGCCCGGACAAUGGGCUUGAGGACUGUCUUCACGGACCACAGCCUGUUCGGCUUUGCAGAUGCGGCAAGCAUAUUCACCAACAAGCUCCUGAAGUUCACGCUGAGCGAUGUUGACCAUGUCAUCUGUGUCAGCCAUACUUGCAAAGAAAACACGGUUCUCAGAGCGUCGCUUGACCCUCUGAUGGUCUCUGUCAUUCCAAACGCAGUCGUCGCUGAGAAUUUCCGCCCCCUCUCAUAUGAUUCAAAUGAUUCAAAACACCGCAAUGUCCCUGAACCCCCGCAGCGCAUUGGGCCAGAAGACAUCAUUACUGUUGUGGUCAUAUCCCGGCUUUACUACAACAAAGGCACUGAUCUGCUUGUAGCUUCGAUACCACGUAUCAUCGCAUCACAUCCGAAUGUUCAUUUCAUAAUUGCCGGCAGUGGACCUAAAGCGAUCGACCUCGAGCAAAUGAUUGAGCGAAAUGUGUUGCAAGAUAAGGUCCUUAUGCUUGGUCCAGUGCGUCAUGAGGAGGUCCGAGAUGUUAUGGUUCGAGGGGACAUCUACCUCAAUCCAUCGCUUACGGAGGCGUUCGGUACUGUCAUUGUGGAGGCCGCAUCGUGUGGCCUCUACGUAGUAUGUACGCGGGUUGGUGGCAUUCCGGAGGUACUUCCUAGCCACAUGACGGAGUUUGCAGCGCCUGAAGAGGAUGAGAUUGUCGAAGCGACCGGACGCGCGAUCGCAAAACUACGAGCAGGCAAAGUGAGGACGGAGCUGUUUCACAACCAAGUCAAACAGAUGUACUCUUGGACAGAUGUUGCGCAACGAACGGAAAGAGUGUACGACGGCAUCAGCGGUGUUAUAAGUCACAGCGAGUUCUACCAAGGUGCAGGGGUCGCAGGGGCAUGGAGUGCUACACGCGGUCGUGCUGGCGUUCAAAGCUUUGCGCUCAUAGAGCGGCUCAAGAGGUACUAUGGCUGUGGUAUUUGGGCUGGAAAGCUUUUCUGCCUUUGUGUCAUAAUCGACUACCUUCUCUAUGUUGUCUUGGAGAUCUUUGCACCGAGAUCGAGAAUCGACAUUUGCAAGGAUUGGCCAAAAAAGAUAUUCAAGGAAGGAAAGGCAAAUGACGUUGAAACGAGUAAAGACAGCAGUGGGCUUGUCAGAAAGAGGAGCACUCGCUAUCGAAGAGAGAAAGUGGAUGAGCGGGAUGACAGCUGA